AUGAGAAUUAAGAAGGUCAUAGCCAUAGAGAGUUCAAGUUCACUGAAUGAUGUUACUGAUUUUUUGCUUCUCUCUCCACAAGAUAUCAAGUAUAUUGAGGUGACAUCUGCCAAAUCAAGGUGCCAGGAACCCCCCCAGCGCUCUUCUAGUCCCUCAGUCAUCCCUUUUUGCGGAUCACCUCUCAGUGGUGGCCUCCUCCUCUGCAGAGACAGACCCCGUGAAAACAGUGCCAGCAGUGAGAGCCUCAUUUUCUCUGGGAACCAGCACAGGGGACAUCACUAUCUGCAUCAACCUUCACCCCGCACUGGAGAGCAGUCAUCUCAUCACUUGCCCUCCCCUGGUAUUGCCAUUCCCCAUCCCAAGAACAAGAACCCUGGUCCUCAGAGUGACAGCUUCCUCCUGGAUGCUUCUCCAGGCUCAGGAAUUUUGUCAAGGCCCUCACUGGGGAGCUGGGCCCUGCAGAGGGGCAGUGGGACUUCUCUGUUGUCCAGCAGCCCAGGAUCUGACACAAGCUAUGUGUUUGGCAGCAAUCAGUCUCUGCUUCCCACCAGCACUGCCAGCCACCAGCCUGCCUACAAGUCCCCAGAAUGUCCCAGGCAUUCUUCCUCCAGCAUCCACCACUCCAACACCUCUUCCCCCAGUGGGAGACCCAGCUACUUCCACCUCCAGAGUCCUGACUCAGGACUCACACCACCAGUCACCACCCUGAGCCAGCCUGCUGCCUCAGACUCACCUCCACCGCAGAAGGAACAUGCCAGCAGCUGCCCCCCAUCCAUUGCUAAUUCCAUGGUGGACAUCCCCAUCGUGCUGGUCAAUGGUUACCUAGAAGCAGACCCCGUGUCCCCACAGCCUCCUCGACGACACCACAGCUUUGUCCGGACCACGGUGGACACUCCCAGCAACCCUUACGCAGCCCUCAGCAGCCACAGCAAAGCCCCAUUUGAUAACAAGUUUGCCUCCUCCCCAGAGAGUCCCAGUAGAGAAACUCCACCACCAACCAUGAAGUUUGUAAUGGACACAUCCAAGUACUGGUUUAAACCAAGCAUCACUCGGGAUCAAGCAAUCGAGCUGCUGAGGAUGCAGGAGCCGGGUACUUUCGUGAUCAGGGACAGCACAUCAUAUCGAGGGUCCUUUGGUCUCGCCAUGAAGGUUCAAGAAUCACCAACAUCUCUUCAGAGUAGAUCAGGAGCAGAUGUUGGCGACCUGGACCUUGUUCGACACUUCCUCAUUGAAUCUUCAGCCAAAGGGGUGCACCUCAAGGGGGCUGGGGAUGAGCCCUACUUUGGCAGCUUGUCGGCCUUCGUAUACCAGCACUCCAUCAUGCCCUUAGCCUUGCCCUGCAAGCUCAUUAUUCCCAGGAAAGAAUUGGGAGGUGGAGAUGGAGCCCCAGAUCUGCCGGCAGACAAGGAGGCCUCCAGACUAAAGAAAUCAGCCAGUUGCCAAGCCCUGUACCUGACUUCAGUGAAUGUGGAGACACUAAGCGGAGCCAUGGCGGUGCAGAAGGCCAUCUCGACCACCUUUGAGAGGGAGACUCCCCCCAUACCUACUGUGGUCCAUGUAAAAGUCACAGACCAGGGCAUCACCCUCACCGAUGUGCAAAGAAAAGUAUUUUUCCGACGUCAUUAUCCACUUGCCACCCUCCGCUUCUGUGGCAUGGAUCCAGAGCAUAGGAAGUGGCAGAAGUAUUGCAAAUCUUCCCGGAUUUUUGGCUUUGUUGCCAAGAGCUUGACAGAGCCUGCAGAAAAUGUAUGCCAUCUCUUUGCUGAAUAUGACACUGUCCAGCCAGUCUCUCUGGUCAUCGACCUCGUGGGCACCCUGCUACUGGAUGCAGAGAAGAUGUAGGCACAACAGGAGGUGAAGAGGGCAACUGGCCAAGGGAUGCCCCCCAUUUCUCCCUACACCCCAUUGUGGCAAUCCCGUGCUCAUCUCUGCCUGAUUGAGGAGCGAGGCCAAGACCCCUCUUCUAGAUAAACUAGCCCCAGGAGGGUCAAAGUUAUCUUUUCCAUGGAAGGCCGGGAAGAGACUGAUAUUGAACAAAUUCUAGAGCUGAAACCUCUAGACGUUGGCAGGGCUGAGUUCUUGUGUAGAAGAGAAUGCUAGACUCAAGUGAUAGGUGCUUGGCCCCUACACAAGUGGGAGCCAGAGAGCACCAUGCCUGACACACUUUGAGGAUUGAAGUCCAUGCUCAGUGAUGACAGCAACAGGAUGGGACGGGCUUUGUCUUCUCUGGACUGGCUCCAUUUAUCACCAGUAUAAUGCAGUCACAGAAUCUCAGAGGAAGGCCAUCUAGCCAGUGCUUGAAGGCUGUUUAGCCCAGCUCCCUUCCCCAGACCCUUAUCCCCAUGCAUUCUAGGAAAACCAAAAGUCAGAACAUCUUGGCCAAGGGUUCUUAACCUGGGGUCAAUGAACUUGAUUUUUAAAAUAUUUUGAUAACUAUAAU